CGGAUUGGACGUAGCACACAACAUCGGCUUUGGCUCUUCCUCAUACUCAGUCAGGCAGUUUCUGUAACUGGUGAUUUGCAUUUUGCAUUUAAUAACUCGAGUUGCCACCUUUAUUUAAUCGGUCUGCUUAACAGAGAUGGAUUCUCUGCACUGAGAUGAAAUUGCAGCAUUAGCGCCCAGGCUGCUGAGCUGUCAUGUGACGGACUGCCAGUGCCAUGGCAACCACAGAGUUCAGAAAGACAGAUUGACAGUCUGGGAUGCAACCAGGCUGCAUGACAGGUAAUCCUGCUGUAGGAAGCAUUCAGCAUGUCUCAGGAAAAGCCUUCCCAGACCUCUCCUUCUUCAUCACCUACCUCUUCCCCGCCCUCCUCCUCCUCACCUCCCCAAGACUCCCACUUCAUAGGGAAGAAAGAGGACAUUGUCCGGGCCCGACGUGUGACCAGGCUGGUGAACGGAUGCAGGGAUGUCCUGGUCCUGUACCACCAGGGGGAGCUGCAUGCUAUGGACAUGCGCUGCUAUCAUUCAGGUGGUCCGUUACAGCAGGGAGACAUUGAGGAGUUCAAUGGGCGAAUGUGUAUUGUGUGUCCGUGGCACAAGUACAAGAUCACCCUGGUGGAAGGAGAGGGGCUUUACCAAGCUGUGGAAGACCCCACAGCCAAACCCCUGAAAACACGCUGGCGCUCCAAGGGCAUCAAACAGAGGAUUCACAAGGUCACAGAGGUCAAUGGGGAUGUGUACGUGACGCUGAAUAGCUCCAGUGAGGCCUACGAGUCGGACACCUACCAGACUGAGAGAUACAGGGCUAACCAGCUCAAGUCCCAGCCCAGGAAGUAGUCAGAGCCUCCAGGAUGUCUUGGAUCUCCUGUGACUCUUCUAAUCACAACUAUUUUAUUUUGUGGCAGCUCUAAUUUAAAAAAAAACAAAACAAAAAAAAAAAACAGCGAAAAGGGAAAAGUGUCAAGAG